CGCUGCGGGCCCGGGCCCCGAGCUGUGCCGCUCCGCUCGCCCGGGCCCCGCCGAGGCUGCUGCGCCCCCGCCUCCUUGCGGGAGGACUCACUCCAAACUCCCUGAACUUCGGGGACAGUCCCCCGAAGCGGCGAAACUCUCAGGGUUGGCAGCCCUGCCCAGGGAUCCCCAUCCCGGGCGGCGCUCCGGACGCCCUCUCCUCACCGCGGCCCCGCAGACACGUGCCUGGACUCUCAGGGCCUCUGGAGCCCCCGGCCCGGCCAAGAUGCUCAUGAGGAAAGUGCCCGGCUUCGUCCCGGCCUCCCCGUGGGGGCUGCGGCUGCCGCAGAAGUUCCUCUUCCUCCUCUUCCUCUCGGGCCUCGUCACCCUGUGCUUCGGGGCCCUCUUCCUGCUGCCCCACUCCUCUCGCCUCAAGCGCCUCUUCCUGGCCCCCCGGACCCAGCAGCCUGGCCUGGAGGUGGUGGCCGAAAUCGCCGGCCAUGCCCCAGCCCGCGAGCAGGAGCCGCCUCCCAACCCGGCCCCUGCCGCGCCGGCCCCGGGCGAGGAUGACCCCAGCAGCCGGGCCAGUCCCCGCCGCAGGAAAGGGGGGCUGCGGCGCACCCGCCCCACCGGGCCCCGCGAGGAGGCCACGGCGGCCCGGGGCAAUAGCAUCCCGGCCUCCAGGCCCGGGGACGAGGGCGUCUCUUUCCGCUUUGACUUCAACGCAUUCCGGAGCCGCCUCCGCCACCCGGUCCUGGGAAUGAGGGCCGAUGAGAGUCAGGAGCCCCAGAGCCGAGUGCGAGCCCAGCGGGAGAAAGUCAAGGAGAUGAUGCAGUUUGCUUGGCAGAGCUAUAAGCGUUAUGCAAUGGGGAAAAACGAACUCCGUCCACUAACGAAAGACGGCUACGAGGGUAACAUGUUCGGAGGCCUCAGUGGGGCGACGGUCAUUGACUCCCUCGACACCCUCUACCUCAUGGAGCUGAAAGAGGAGUUCCAGGAGGCCAAGGCCUGGGUGGAAGAGAGCUUCCACCUGAAUGUGAGCGGAGAAGCAUCCUUGUUUGAGGUGAACAUUCGCUACAUCGGGGGACUCCUCUCAGCCUUCUACCUGACGGGAGAAGAGGUGUUCCGAAUAAAGGCCAUCAGGCUGGGAGAGAAGCUCCUGCCAGCGUUCAACACCCCCACGGGAAUCCCAAAGGGCGUGGUGAGCUUCAAAAGUGGGAGCUGGGGCUGGGCCACGGCCGGCAGCAGCAGCAUCUUGGCGGAGUUUGGAUCCCUGCACUUGGAAUUCUUACACCUCACCGAGCUCUCUGGCAACCAGGUCUUCGCUGAAAAGGCAAGUCUCCUCCCCACUCUCCCAAACAGCUCCCACCUUCUUCCUGCUGAGCAGAGGGAUGAGCGUGCAGCUGCCACAGGGUUUUCAGAGGCGAGUCGGAAUAUCUGCAAGGUCAGGAAGAUCAAAGCCUCUUUUUGCCUUUACCCCACCCUUGGUAGCCACAGUGAGGGGAACUGGUGCAACCACCACCUCCCGCUUGAUGGUCUUGGAGUGAGCUUUUAUGAAUAUUUGAUCAAAUCCUGGUUGAUGUUGGGCAAGACAGAUAAGGGUGGAGGGCAAAAUAUGUACUACGAAGCUUGAGAGGCGAUAGAGACCUACUUGCUGAAUGUCUCUCCCGGGGGGCUGACCUACAUCGCCGAGUGGCGAGGGGGGAUUCUGGACCACAAGAUGGGGCACCUGGCCUGUUUCUCCGGGGGCAUGAUCGCCCUUGGCGCCGAGGAUGCCAAGGAAGAAAAGAGGGCCCACUACCGAGAGCUCGCAGCCCAGAUCACCAAGACGUGCCACGAGUCAUACGCCCGCUCAGACACCAAACUCGGGCCCGAGGCCUUCUGGUUUAACUCCGGCAGAGAGGCCAUAGCCACCCAGCUGAGCGAGAGCUACUACAUCCUCCGGCCAGAGGUGGUGGAGAGCUACAUGUACCUGUGGCGACAGACCCACAACCCCAUCUACAGGGAGUGGGGCUGGGAGGUGGUGCUGGCCUUGGAGAAACACUGUCGGACAGAAGCCGGUUUCUCUGGGAUCCAAGACGUGUACAGUAGCACCCCCAGCCACGACAACAAGCAGCAGAGCUUCUUUCUCGCGGAGACACUAAAGUAUCUCUAUCUUCUGUUCUCUGAAGAUGACUUGCUCUCCCUGGAAGACUGGGUGUUCAACACCGAGGCCCACCCGCUCCCGGUGAAUCACUCAGACAGCUCCGGCAGGGCCUGGGGCAGACACUGACCUCAUCCCCCGCCGCCGCCCUGGGGCCACCGCAGGGAUGCCUUGCCUUUUCAGGAUUUGGGACUGUUUUCAAAGGGACUGGGAACGAAGGCCCCAUCUCGGGCAGACCCCCAGCAGAUGUGUCAGACAAGCAACUUCUUUUCCUCUGUGAGGAGACAAGACUUGGAGACGCAGCAAUGUAAGGCCAGGGCCAUGGCCACACUGGCCCACACAUUCCUUUCUACAGAGAAUUUCUAUGAAGCCCUCUCACUUGCCAUUCCAGGGCCAAAGACCGGAGGUUUGCAAUCUGCCCCAUGUAUUUGAUUUGCUUCCUUUUGGUUUCUCGGUUUUUGUUUUUGCUUGAUUUUGUCUUUUCUCUAUGGUUUAGUUUUAUCACAAUUAUACAUACAGUUUUCAGAAUUAUGCGCUUUCUAAAAUGAUGUCAUCCUGAUAAACAAAACCCAGUGUUUGCACAUAUACAAAAUCUUGACCCCGUUAUCUAUAUUUUAAAUGCUUUUUGCCCAACACUGACCCUGCAUUCAACUAUGUGUCAUUUACCUUAUAAUUUGAGGAGGGGAUUCCCUUUGAUUGGGCCUCAGUGUUACAAAUCACUAGUGCUCUUUUCAUUAUUAUUGUAAUGAAAAAAUCUGUGAACUAGAAUAAAAGAGUUUAUUGAAUAAGAAA